AUGAAUUAUUUGUAUUUGAAUAAUUCACCACAACAGCCUGUACCAAGAUCAUUUGUUUUUAAUAAACGAAAUGAAAAAAUUGAUUGGCGUCGAAUUGCUGCUGUUGAUGUUGAACGUGUAGCACGAGAAUUAGAUUUUCAAGUAUUACAAGAUAAUAUUGAACAUAUUACAUUAUGUAAUAUCGAUCUUGAAGUUGAUUCUCGAGCAAUGGAUCCAAAUUUUCUGAAACUUUAUAAAAUGGCACAAUUAACAAUUGAAUAUCUUUUGCUUUGCCAAGAUCAAAUAACAAGCCAAUUAGUUGAUUACGAACAAAACAAAGGCAAAGGUUUAGCUGAUCAAGACGAAACUCGUCGACAAAUUGAAAAAUUAAAAAAUGAUUUAAAUUUAACAAAAAAAGAAUCAAAAAAACGAAAAAAAAUGAUUGAAACACAAGAAAAAAUGUUAUUAGCACAACGUUCAAAUUAUCACACUUGUCCAGUUUGUACACAUUCAUUUUUAAGUCUCGAAUAUUUACAAGCACAUAUGCAUCGUCGUCAUCCAGAAUACGAUCCAAAUCGAAAACGUGAACAUGAUGUAGAUAUUGAAAAAGAAAUACAACGUCUUAAAGAUGAAUUACAUAGUAAAGAAACAGAACUACAAUUAAUUAAAGUGCAAAAAGCUGUUGAUGAAGAAAAAAUUCGAGAUCGUGAUGAAACUAUUCGUCAACUUAAAGACGAAAUUCAAGCAUUAACAACAAAAAUAACUAUAUUAGAUGAAAAAUAUUUUACAUUAAGAUCUACUAAUCAAAAUCAAACACCAUCACCCAGUCGACGUGAAGGUGGUGUUAAAGAAUUAUUAAAAGAAAAUAAAAAUUUACGUGUGGAAAAUGAACAAUUAAAACAAUUACUUCAACAACUAGAAACGAAUUUACAAAAAGAAGAAAAAUCUAAACGACGUUUAGAACGUGAAAAUCAAAAUUUGCAAAAGAAAAUAGUUGAUCUAAAUAAUACUCUAGCAUCUUUACAAAACGCAUCAGGUGAUACAAGUCGAUUAUCACAAGAAUUAAUUGCAUCUCAAAAUCGAUAUAAUGAAGAAAAAAAUCGACGUAAACAAUUAGAAAAAGAAGUUGAUGAAGCUAGUCAUCAAUUAGCACAACUUCGAAAUCAACCACCACCCGUUAUUGAUCGUAAAUCACCUGCACCACCACCACGUUCAACUGCUUCACCAUCUCCACGUUCAAGUGUUUCACCACCUCCUGUACGUGUUCCAUCUCGACCAGUUCAAACAACAGAAAUAUUUCUACCACAAUAUUGUCCAAGUCUUGUUCGACAAAUCAAUGAAAAUCCUCGAUUUUUAAAUCAAUAUCGAGAUGCUGCAAAAGAACAAUUAAUCGAGGAAUUUUCGCAAUAUGAUAAUUUAGGCAUUACUGAAAAAGAUACUCGACUUAGUACUAAUGAUUUUCCAGCAAAAAUGAAGAUUGUUGAACAAACCCGAAAUAAUAUUCAACAAGAUUUACCAAAUUUUGAACGUAUUCGUGCUGAAUUGAGUCAAAAAUUAGAUAAACUUGCUAAUGAACGAAUGCAUAAUCACCAACCUACAACUACAUCAUCUGUUCGUUCAUCAGGUGGUAAAUUAGUUAAAUUUGAAGAUGAAACUCAACGUCAACCAACAAAUUCAUCGAAAAGACCUGCAACAGCAGUAACAACAACAACAAUUCAAUCAAAACCUAAAUCUAAUCAAAAACAUCCAGCACCACGUUUUGCUUCAGAUGAUGAAAAAACUAAUACACAUUCAAAUGAUAGUGAUGAAUACAGUCAACCAUCAAGAUCAGCAGUUACUAAUGAUAUUCAACCAUCACCUAGAAAACAUCUUCCAUCAACCGGUGUUAGUGCAUUAGCUUCAGGAAGUAUGAGACCAUCAAUAACAAAUAAUACGAAAACAGUUUCAGCCAUUGUUCGACCACAAUCAGCAAUUCAUAAAUAUGAAUCAGAAGAAAGUAGUGAUAGUGAUAAUCUAAUGGAAGCAAAUGUAGCAACAAAAACACGAGUUCUUGAUCAAAAAUUAAAUGAAAUAAGUUCAAGAGGACAAAAAACGACAGUUGGUGCUAUUGCACAAGGUUUUCAACCAUCUCGUCAAACUGUUGCAACUCAUAAUGAUAAUGAAGAUGAUGAAAGUGAUCCAUCAUUAACUUCAAUUGAUGAUACAAAUCCUCAGCCAAAAAUUUCAAAUACUCAUGGAAUUCGAGAAUUAGCAAAUCAUCAUCAUCAAAAUUUAUCAUCAGGUGAUGUUUCUCAAUAUACAUAUGAUUCUAUAUGGAAAUCACCAGCUGGAAAAGGUACUGAAAUUCGACGACCUUUAACAGCUGAUUCAGCUAAAACUUCGAAUGUAGAUUCGGAUAAUAAUUUUGAUGAAGAUGAAUCCAAUUAA